UGGACACCGGCGCCGAGACCCCCUUCGGGACCCGGAGCCGAGGCCCCGGCGCAGGGGCAUGAGGAAGAGGGGGUUCCCCCGAAGCUCCACGGGGACAUGGAACCCAAGGCGGGAGUCAGGCGGCGACGCAAAGGAGUUGGAAGGCACUGGGUCCCCGAACCCCGGGCCAGCGUCCUGAGGGGCAUUCAGGAUCCUUGGCUAGGUUCCACUGUCCAAGCAGACCCCGUAGAUGGAAUGAAGGGAGCCCCCUCCAACAAGGCCCCUGCCACCAAGUCCCAGGAGACCCGGACACUGGGGGACUCUUUGGGGGUCUGCGGCACUUCGGAGGAUAGUGACAUCAACAUUACCAGCGAGGAGGAGGGCCACAAGGAGCAGCCUGCCUCAGGGCCCUGUGGCUCCAGAGAGAAGGACCACAGUGGCCAUGUCCCUGGGCUUCUCCAGGAGAGCCAGGCUGGGCCAGCAGAGGGCCUGUGCUGCUACAUCUGUGGGUCAGCGCUGUCGCCAUCCUCCCAACAGCAGAUCCACGUGCAGAAGCAGGAGAAACUGGCCCAGGCGCCUUUUUUCCCCUUCCUGUGGCUGCACAGUCCCCCACCAGGGGCUCAGCCCAUCACUGAGGCGGGCAGUACGCUGGUGUGUCCCUGCUGUUUCUCCUCCCUCACACACCAGUGGCAGAGCUUUGAGCUGGCCAACGUUCCAGUCCUGCAGCGGCUCUAUGUGGUGCCCCUCAACAGCCACGCCCCCGGCAUGGCCUCCAAGGCCAGGAGGCUCCCCAGGGAGGAGGGUCUGCCCACUGUUGCUGGGGCCCUGCCGGAGGCCUGCUACCUCUGUGGGGAGGACUGCACCCAGGAUGCCCGGCUGGUGCCCUCCCGGAUUGUUAAUGGUAGUGCCAGGAGCACCAUGCAUUUCCCCUUCCUCAGCCUUCUGCCCUGCCCACCCAACGCCCGGCCUCCCAACAAGCGCUGUGAGGUCCGCAGCUGCCCCAAGUGUUUCAGUGUUUUGGAGGACAUCUGGGCACUGUACCGGGCCUCCCACAACCCGGAGCUCAUCGGCUCUGUGCAAGGCUUCCUGGGAAGGUACCACCAGGCCUUCUCCGCCUCCAAUCCCACCUUGAGUGAAUUGCCCACUUCUGGCCAGGGAGGCACUGUGUCAGCCUGCUAUAUCUGUGGGGCUGAGCUGGGCCCUGGCAAGGAAUUCCAGCUCAAUGUGAACCCCACCAGCCGCCUGGGGGAGAAGGAACCCUUCUUCCCUUUCCUCACUGUCUACCCGCCAGCCCCACGGGCCAGGCCAGCAGAUGCCACCGGCCUGGUGGCUACCUGUGUGCUCUGCUACCAUGACCUGCUGGGCCAGUGGCUACAGCAUGAGGCCCGCGGCGCUCACCACGCAGUCAGCGCCUGGUCUCGGCAGUACCAGGUGGACACAUUCGUCUGCUUCUUCUGCCAGCAAGAGAAGAAACGGUGUCUGGGGCUGAAGUCCGUGCGCGUGGCCAGGCUACCCUUGUUCCUCUAUACCCUGCGAGCCAGCCACAGCCUGCUGGUGGAUGAUGGGCGGCAGCUGAUCAUCGGUGCCUGUGUGGAGUGUGGGACCCUGGUGUGUGCCGGUCAAGGAGUCAGCCGCCAGGGACCCGUGGGUUGGAGCGCCCCGGUGGCAGGGGCUACAAAGGUCACCUCUACACCUCUGGAGGCACCUGUAGCCAUCCACGCUCCCACCCAGGAGCCCGAGCCACAGCUGAGCAUCCCUACAGAGAACCCACCCAGGGGCCCCAGAUCUGCCCAGGAGCUGCGGCCGCCGUCAUGCCUGCAGAGUGGCCGGGACGAGGACAGACCAGACCUCGCGGGCACAGGCAUGAGCCAUGAGCCCAAGUCCCCUUCAAUAGGGAUGCUUUCCACCGCCACCAGGACCACCGCCACCGUCAACCCCCUCACCCCCUCACCGCUCAAUGGCGCCCUGGUGCCCAGCGGUAGCCCAGCCGCCAGCAGCUCGCUGUCGGCCCAGGCCGCGCCGUCCUCCAGCUUUGCCGCAGCACUGCGCAAGCUCGCCAAACAGGCCGAGGAGCCCAGAGGGUCUUCACUGAGCAGCGAGUCGUCCCCUGUGUCCUCUCCAGCCACCAACCACAGCUCCCCUGCCAGUACACCCAAGCGAGUGCCCAUGGGCCCCAUCAUUGUCCCCCCUGGGGGCCACAGCGUGCCCAGCACCCCUCCUGUGGUGACCAUUGCCCCUACCAAAACCGUCAAUGGCGUGUGGAGGAGUGAGAGCCGGCAGGACUCUGGAUCCCGGGGCAGCAGCAGUAGCCGGGAGCGCCUCCUUGUGGAGCCGCCGCUGGCACAGGAGAAGGCGGCAGGCCCAGCCAUCCCCUCCCACCUGCUGAGCACGCCCUACCCCUUUGGCCUCUCCCCCAGCUCAGUGGUGCAGGACUCCCGCUUCCCACCACUCAACCUCCAGCGGCCUGUGCACCAUGUAGUGCCCCCCAGCACGGUUACUGAGGACUACUUGAGAAGCUUCCGGCCCUACCACACUGCUGAGGACCUGCGCAUGUCUUCCCUGCCACCCCUCAGCCUGGACCCUGCCACCGCCGCUGCCUACUACCACCCCAGCUACCUGGCCCCACACCCUUUCCCCCACCCUGCCUUCAGGAUGGAUGACUCCUACUGCCUAUCGGCAUUGCGGUCACCGUUCUACCCCAUCCCCACACCGGGCUCCCUGCCUCCACUACACCCGUCCGCCAUGCAUCUCCAUCUGUCCGGAGUCCGCUACCCACACGAGCUCUCCCACUCGUCCCUGGCAGCACUGCACUCGGAGCGGAUGUCCAGCCUUAGCGCAGAGAGGCUGCAGAUGGACGAGGAGCUACGGCGGGAGAGAGAGCGGGAGCGGGAGCGCGAGCGGGAACGGGAGGCUGACCGGGAACGGGAGCGCGAGAAGGAGCGCGAGCGUGAGCAGCGGGAGAAGGAGCGUGAGCGCGAGCGGGAGAAGGAGCUGGAGCGAGAGCGGGAGAAGGAGCGCGAACGGGAGCUGGAGCGCCAGCGCGAGCAGCGGGCCCGAGAGAAGGAGCUGCUGGCUGCCAAGGCCCUGGAGCCGGCCUUCCUGCCCGUGGCCGAGCUGCACGGGCUCAGGGGCCAUGCCCCUGAUGAGCGGGUCAAGCCCUCGGAGCAGCUGACACCAACCCGAGCAGAGAAAGUGAAGGACGUGGGCCUGCAGGCACCCAAGCCUGUGCAGCACCCGCUACAUCCAGUGCCUGCCCCACACCACACCGUGCCCAGCCUCAUCUCCAACCACGGCAUCUUCUCUCUGCCGGGCAGUAGUGCCGCCACGGCUCUGCUGAUCCAGCGCACCAAUGAGGAGGAGAAGUGGCUGGCCCGGCAGCGGCGGCUGAGGCAGGAGAAGGAGGACCGGCAGUCUCAGGUGUCAGAGUUCCGGCAGCAGGUGCUGGAGCAGCACCUGGACCUGGGCCGACCCCCAGCGCCCACGGAGGCAGAGCACAGGCCUGAGAGCACCAGGCAAGGAACAAACCGUCAUGAGCAGGGCAGCCGCGACACGCCCCAGCACUUUGGAGGGCCACCACCCCUCAUCUCACCCAAGCCCCAGCACCACACUGUGCCCACAGCCCUCUGGAACCCCGUGUCUCUGAUGGACAAUACCCUGGAGACGCGGCGAGCCGAGAGCCACUCUCUGCACAGCCACCCAGCUGCGUUUGAGCCCAGCCGCCCGGCUGCCGUGCCGCUGGUGAAAGUAGAGCGUGUCUUCUGCCCGGAGAAGGCUGAGGAGCCCCGCAAGCGCGAGGCCACCCCAUUGGACAAGUUCCAGCCAACACCAAGGGAGGCAGGAAGCCUUGAGCCCCAGGCUUUUACCCAUGGACCUGGGCCCUUCCUAGCUGAACUUGAGAAAUCUACACAGACCAUCCUGGGCCAACAGCGGGCCUCCCUCCCCCAGACAGCCCCUUUUGGGGAGAUCAGUGGGCCCUUGAAGCCGGCCUCACCUUAUUGCCACCCAACACCACGGGGCCCUGACCCUGCAUACAUCUACGACGAGUUUCUGCAACAGCGCCGGAGGCUGGUCAGCAAGUUGGACCUGGAGGAGCGCAGGCGGCGCGAGGCUCAGGAGAAAGGAUACUACUAUGACCUUGAUGACUCUUACGACGAGAGUGACGAGGAAGAGGUCAGGGCUCACCUCCGCUGUGUGGCCGAGCAGCCGCCCCUCAAACUGGACACGUCUUCUGAGAAGCUAGAGUUUUUGCAACUUUUUGGCUUGACCACCCAACAACAGAAGGAGGAACUGGUGGCCCAGAAGCGGAGGAAGCGGCGGCGGAUGCUAAGGGAGCGAAGCCCAUCGCCCCCAGCUAUUGAGAGCAAGCGGCAGACGCCAUCCCCCAGACUGGCUCUGUCUACCCGCUACAGCCCCGACGACAUGAACAAUAGCCCAAACUUUGAGGAGAAGAGGAAGUUCCUGACCAUCUUCAACUUGACCCACAUCAGUGCGGAGAAGAGGAAAGACAGAGAGAGGCUUGUUGAAAUGCUCCGUGCCAUGAAGCAGAGGGCACUGUCGGCAGCAGUUACGACAGACCCGUUCCCAAACUCUCCGAGGGACAGUCCUGCCAGCUCCCUGAGUGAGCCAGCCACGCAGCCAGCUCCUGUAGAGAUGGAUAAGCCUGUUGGGGUCACGGCCUCCUUGUCAGACAUUCCGAAAGCCGUGGAGACUGGGAGACUGGAACAGCUCCGGCCCCAGGAGCUCUCAAGAGUCCAGGAGCCAGCUCUUAGCAGCGGUGAGAAGGCCAGGCUGAGCGAGGCCCCCGGGGGCAAGAAGAGCCUGAGCAUGCUUCAUUACAUCCGGGGUGCUACGCCCAAGGACAUUCCUGUGCCAUUGUCCCACAGCAUCAACGGGAAGAGCAAGCCCUGGGAGCCCUUCAUGGCGGAAGAGUUUGCACAUCAGUUCCAUGAGUCAGUGCUGCAGUCCACCCAGAAGGCCCUGCAGAAGCACAAAGGAAGUUCGGUCGUGCUGUCUGCAGAGAACCACAAGGUGGACACAUCUGUCCACUACAACAUUCCUGAGCUGCAGUCCUCCAGCCGGGUCCCCCUGCCCCAGCAUAAUGGGCAACAGGAGUCCCCCACCAGAAGGAAGGGUCCCCCCCCACAGGCACUGGACCAGGACUCAGAGGAGGACAAUGACGACGAAGAAGACAGUGAAGAUGAUGAGGAAGCCCCCAGGCGCAAGUGGCAAGGGAUUGAGGCGAUUUUGGAAGCUUACCAGGAGCACAUAGAAGAGCAAAGCCUGGAGCGGCAGGUGUUACAGACACAGUGCCGGCGGCUGGAGGCCCAGCACUACAGCCUCAGCCUGACCGCAGAGCAGCUCUCUCACAGCAUGGCGGAGCUGAGGAACCAGAAGCAGAAGGUCGUCUCAGAACGGGAGCGGCUCCAGGCAGAACUGGACCACUUACGGAAGUGCCUUGCCUUGCCUGCAAUGCAUUGGCCUAGGGGCUACUUUAAGGGAUGUCCCAGGUGACGGCUUCCCUUGCACUAGGCUGAACCUAUAGUAUAGAAAUAUUAUCUAUUUUAUUACCUUGAAUAUUUAAUAUUUUUCACUGGGAGGUUUGAAGCUUAAAACAUGAGAACGUGCCAUGCAUGAAGCAAAGGAUUCCAGGCUCCAGAAAAAAAGCGAAUGAAUUUACCUUGACUUCAAUGCAACCGAUCACCUGUCACUCAGCAAGCGGCCAGUGUAAGGCGCCCAUAGUUUUCUUUCCUUCCCCUGCCCCAAAGUCAUUCUUCUUUUAAUCUGAAAAUGAAGGCUCCAUCCCAACACUGAAACCAUAGCAUUUGUCGCCCGCAGUGCAUGUGGCGGGGUCAGAGCUGGCUGGUUGGCUGGUUCUUGUGUAGCUCGCUCUUGCUGCAGCCCUGGGGGGGUGUGACCUCAUUCCUCCUGGGAGUGAGACUUGCUUCCACUGAAAAGGCCGGAUGCAUUGCAAGUUUUGUCACUUGCCUGCAAACUUAUCUUCAAAGCGGCAAGUCCUAGGAGCGCACGCGCGGAGCCGUCCAAGGCUUCUCUCUGGAAAAGCUCUUAGAAAGAUUAAGUGAAUCCACACACUGAAGGUCCCUUUUUGUCACUCCAUGGGGGGAUAUGUAUGUACAGAGCUCUAUGUCUACAGACACUUCACCCACCCAGUUGUCAUUGCAGUGGGUGGCGUUUUCAUACGUCAGUUUUGAGAGAAAAGUCAAAGGUGCUUCAGCCUUGUACUGUGUAUAUAUAUUAAAAAAAACAAAGUUUUGUAUGUUUUUAUUACUUUAAUUAUUGUUAUAAAAAGCCUGCCAUUUUUAAUAUGUGGUAUGGGGGUUUUUUGUUUGUUUUUCCUGUUUUGGGGUUUCCUUUUGUUUUUGUUGUUGUUGUUUUCAUUUUUCUGGGCAAAAAAAAAAUCUUUGCUUUUAGUGUUUGUACUGCUGCUGGUCAGGACAUUAAAAUAUUGAAGUGUUUUAAAAAUUAAAGGAGAAGAAAAGUAAAAGAGCUUACCACUGGCGCCUAUGCGAUCACUUCAUUUUUGAGUUGUACUAGAAAGCCAUGCAUUACUUCCCCACCCCAAACCUGAAGGAGGCAACAACAUGCAGCUGAGCUGAGCAGGGGAUAGACAGCCUGCUGGGAACAAGCUGUCCUGUGUGGGACCUGGGGCUUUCUCAGAACCUUUAGACGCAGAUGGGAACAGUACAGAAUAGCAGCUUUUGAGGCUACCAAGAAAUGUUUUGCCAAAGCCUCGAGUAGGGGCACCGUGUGGAAGCUUGAGCUCCUCUGAGCCUCCUGUGAUAGGCACGGUUAUGCGGGCACGGGGGCCUCCUAGUCUGGUACUUCUCAAGCACAAUGUCUGACAGCAAUCUGAAAACAAAAGACCUCUUGCCUGAGGCCGCCUAAACUGACCUGCCUGUGGGAGGGGAGAAGGGAGGUCUGAGGCUGACCUUUGUGGGCCACUGACUGCCAUGCUCAGUGGCUGUGCCCUGAGUCCCAGCCUUGCUGUGCAGAGCAGCUUGCUGGCAGCUGGCGUCGUGUCAUUUAUCUGCCCCCACACAGUUUGCUUUGUACGUCUGCCAAGAAUCUCCUAGUUACUAGCAAACUCAAAGAGUGCCGCCAGUAUUGCAGGCGGGCAGCAAGGGCCUCCCUCAGCCUGGUGUCUGAAGAGGACUAGGACUAAGGCAGUGCGGGGCCUCUGCCCCUUAGACAGGGUCCACAGGUUUACAGAGGGAGCCACACUCCCAGCCCUCGGGGCAGUGUGAGACUUUGCCUGCUCACUGCUGUUUCUUGCGUGAAGGCUAGGGGCUGGCUCACACUUUGGCACUUCAGUCCCAGGCCAUCUCCCACAUCACAGAUAUCUGGGAGCUUUUGCUACUAAGCUUUCUGGCAAUGGCCCUGGCUGGCUAGAGAAAAGGAAGAGUAGGUCUAAUAACUCAGUGGAAAAGCAACUCCCUGUAUCCACAAGGAGUUCCCCGAGGGCCCCAAGCAGAGACCGGUAUUUCAGCACAGCCCCAUUAGGAGCCCAAGCUGAGUGCGUGUUCUGUGCCUUCCAAGUGGAGCCACCCUUGUCUGUCCUUGAGCUCCUGUAGCUCUGGUCUCCCUGUCUUCCCUCACAUGGGUAAAGAUGUCUGAGUACUAACAUGACAAUCAACACAGGAACACCGGUCAGGCAGCAUGCACAAGCUAAGAAGAGGGUAAAGAAAGUACCUCUUCAAAACAACACUGCACCCCAAGACAGCACUCAGUCCCCGUUUACCAUUUAAGGAGCAACCUCCUAACCUGGAAACACUUUCAGGUGGUGACUCUCAAAAGAACACAGUACAUCCAAGUAUGUUUUCAGUUGGACUUCACGAAAGUGAACAAACGUGGGAUUUCUGAAGCUUUCUAUUCAGCCUUCUCACGUUAAAAUUAGUUUAGCACUGCGAAUUUGCUCUAGAAUUGAUUGUGCAAAUUGUGUCAGUAUUUAUGUGAAUACCUCAGUCCUCGCUGUGUGUCUUCCCAUGUCACCUGGAAGAGACAGCUGCCAUCUGUCCUGACUGGGAAUUCUCUAAACUUGUGAGGGAGAUGGUGAGGGGAUGGCUCCGCAUUUAAUCAGAUCUUUAAAUCAAGUUGUUUCGUGUAAUUACAGCCAAACUGACAAAAUAGCUAUUGUCCCAGAUAAGUGACCAGGACAGGACUUUCAUCAUCUUAACCUUAGUCUUAAAGGGAUAAAAUGCCUAACAGGCACUAAAACAUAAUAGGUUGUACCUCUAAGGAUAUUCAGAGCAUUAAAAGGAGCCUACACCUUCAGCAAAGAACUGAACCAGGAAAUCUUGUGUUUGUAGCCGACCUCACAAUAUCACCAAAUCUCAAAAAAAAAAUUUUAAAAAGCUGAAUUUCAAACUAAGACCUCUCCAAGCCACUAAAUGUGUAGGAAAUUACAAGGACCCACCACAAGAUGGAGACAAGAUGGUUAGCACAGGUUCAGUUCCUCUAGUGUCUAUUAGCAGUUAGCAGCAAUCUCUAUACUCCACGUAAUCAGCUGACUUCACUCCCUGCGGUAGCCUAGAUUUGACUCCUAGAUCCUCCUUAGUCUGAGGAAGCCAUGCUCACUGGUUACGCUGCUGUGCGUGCCCUGUCUUCACUGCUAGGCCAGCGAACCCAGACUCAGGUGGGAGGGAGGACAACGGUGCCUCGGUCACUCUGGGGGCAGUUUAGAUGCUGUGAAAUUAAACCUGUUCUAAGUGUACUUGUUUGAAUUAACUGUAUUGUAAUAUUAUUUGUUGAAUGUAGUAAUUAGGUAUUUAUGAAUAUAAUGCUGUAAUUUCUGACAACAUCCAAAAAAUAAAAUCUUCCUAAAUCAUGUUAA